CUGCGGCGGAGAGCGGGCAGAGUCGUCGCCGUUCGCGUUGGCCGUUGGGUUCCGUUCCGAGUCAGCGCCCCGCACCGCCUCGCCAUGCCGCUGCUCCGCGCCACCUUCCUGCCCUUCCUGCUCGGCCUCCUGCUGGCCGCUGCCGCCGCCGAGUCGGUGAGAGAAACAGAAACCAUGGAUGCCCAAUGGCUUAACUACCCUGGCUCUGGAGACCUGCCAGAUGAUGAAGACAUUGCUGAAUUCACACCUCACUUAACUUCUGAUGAGUUUGAUAUUGAUGUUGUAUCUGGCUCUGGAGACUACUCGGAUUCUGAUGAUGCCAUGUACCUGACCACUGUGGAUACUCCUGUGAUAUCUGACAACUAUAUCCCUGGAGAUAGGGAGAGAAAGAUAGAAGGCGAGAAGAAAAACACGAUGCUGGACAAUGAAAUCAUUCCAGACAAAGCUUCACCUGUUGAAGAGAACCUGUCCAACAAGAUCUCCAUGGCAAGCACAGCCAACAGCAGCAUCUUUGAAAGAACAGAAGUUCUUACAGCUCUCAUUGCAGGAGGAGCAGUCGGCCUCCUGUUUGCUGUCUUCCUGAUCCUCCUCUUAGUCUAUCGCAUGAAGAAAAAGGAUGAAGGCAGCUACGACCUCGGCAAGAAACCCAUCUACAAGAAAGCCCCUACAAACGAGUUCUAUGCUUAAAGCUCAGCGGCGCCCUGUGCCCCUCGAGGGACAAAUGGACUGUAUGGAAACACUGCCCUCCAGUGAGACGUGCUGAACAAACGCUCUUUUUGGAUUGAAUUUCAAAGUGACUUUGAAGGGGGGGGACCAAACUUUCUACAUAAUCCAUCCCACUCAGCUAACAAGGGCCCAAUGAAAUACAAAGAGUCUUGGGGGGAGAAAAGCCUCAGUGUAUUUUUUUUUUU